CUUCACCACACUCUCGCUCGCCAGCUACACCCUCCCACACUCGCAGCUCCUUCUUCCUCCUCCUCGAAUCCAUUCCAUCCACAACUAAGCUCAUCCUGAUUCAGAAUAUUCUGGUGACCAAUUCGGCCGACAGACAUGCCGCCGCCGCCGCUGGCCCGGGCCGCUCGGCGCGGGUUACUCCUCCUCCUCGUCCUGCAUUGCUGCUGGGGCACCCUCCUCUCCACGGCCAGCGCCGCCCACGUCCACGCGGCGGGCGACGGCGUCAUCAUCAGCCAGGCCGACUACCAGGGCCUGCAGGCCAUCAAGCACGACCUCUCCGACCCCUACGGCUUCCUCCGCUCCUGGAACGACACCGGCAUCGGCGCCUGCUCCGGCCACUGGGCCGGCAUCAAGUGCGUCAACGGCAGCGUCGUCGCCAUCACGCUCCCCUGGCGCGGCCUCGGCGGCCGCCUCUCCAACCGCGUCGGCCAGCUCACGGCCCUCCGCCGCCUCAGCAUCCACGACAACGCCAUCGCCGGCGCCAUCCCCGCCGCCCUCGGCUUCCUCCCCGACCUCCGCGGCCUCUACCUGUUCAACAACCGCUUCUCCGGCGCCGUCCCGCCGGAGAUCGGCCGCUGCGUCGCGCUGCAGUCCUUGGACGCCAGCAACAACCGCCUCACCGGCCUCCUCCCGGCCUCGCUGGCCAACUCCACCAAGCUCAUCCGCCUCAACCUCAGCCGCAACUCCAUCUCCGGCGAGAUCCCGGCCCAGGUCGCGGCCUCGCAGUCCCUCCUCUUCCUCGACCUGUCCUACAACAGGCUCUCCGGCCGCAUCCCUGAUGCCUUCGCGGGCGGCUCCAAGGCGCCGUCGUCGGCCUCCUCCGACGAGCGGAAAUUAGAAGCCAUCAUCGGGACGUACCAGCUCGUCUUCCUCAGCCUCGCGCACAACACGCUCGACGGGCCGGUGCCGGAGUCGCUCGCGGGGCUCACCAAGCUGCAGGACCUCAACCUCUCCGGCAACAGCCUCAACGGCUCCAUUCCCGACAACCUCGGCUCGCUUCACGACCUCAAGACGCUCGACCUCUCCGGGAACGCGCUCGCCGGAGAGAUCCCAGAGAGCCUCGUCAACCUCACCACCACGCUCCAGUCCUUCAACGUCUCCUACAACAACCUCUCCGGCGCCGUGCCGGCCUCGCUCCUACAGAAGUUUGGGCCCCCAUCCUUCGCAGGAAACAUCCUGCUCUGCGGCUACUCUGCUUCUUCGCCGCCCUGCCCGCUAUCGCCGUCCCCCGCGCCGGCAUCACCCGGGCAAGAGCCCACCGGACCCCGCGGCGGCCGUACAAAGAAGGAGCUCAUACUGAUCAUAGGGGGGAUCGUGCUCGGCAUCCUCAUCUUGCUGUCCCUCUGCUGUCUCCUGCUCUGUUGUUUGAUAAGGAAGAAGAGGUCGAGCGGUAGCACUGGAGCACGGAGCGGGAAGCAGUCGUCGAGCAAGGAAGCCGGUGCCGGUGCCGGUGCCGCCGCACCGGCGGCCGGGAGAGGCGAGAAGCCAGGGACGUCAGAGGCGGAAUCCGGCGGCGACGUGGGCGGCAAGCUGGUGCAUUUCGACGGGCCGCUGGCGUUCACCGCCGACGACCUGCUGUGCGCGACGGCGGAGAUUAUGGGGAAGAGCACGUACGGGACGGUGUACAAGGCGACGCUGGAGGACGGCAGCCUGGUGGCCGUGAAGCGGCUGAGGGAGAAGAUCACCAAGGGCCACAAGGAGUUCGAGGCCGAGGCGGCGGCGCUCGGCAAGAUCCGGCAUCCCAACCUGCUGCCGCUCAGGGCAUACUACCUCGGCCCCAAGGGGGAGAAGCUUCUCGUCUUCGACUACAUGCCCAAUGGCAGCCUCUCCGCCUUCUUGCACGCUCGCGCGCCGAACACGCCGGUGGAGUGGGCGACGCGGAUGACGAUCGCCAAGGGCACGGCACGCGGCAUGGCCUACCUCCACGACGACGCGAGCAUCGUCCACGGCAACCUCACGGCCAGCAAUGUCCUUCUCGACGACGGGUCCAGCCCCAAGAUCGCCGACAUCGGGCUGUCGCGCCUCAUGACGGCCGCCGCCAACUCCAAUGUGCUCGCCGCCGCGGGCGCCCUGGGCUACCGCGCGCCGGAGCUGUCCAAGCUCAAGAAGGCGAGCGCCAAGACCGACAUCUACAGCCUCGGCGUCAUCAUCCUCGAGCUCCUCACCGGCAGGUCGCCCGCGGACACGACCAACGGCAUGGACCUGCCGCAGUGGGUGAGCUCCAUUGUGAAGGAAGAAUGGACGAGCGAGGUGUUCGACGUCGAGCUGAUGCGGGACGCGACCACCGGGCCGGACGGGGACGAGCUCAUGGACACGCUCAAGCUCGCGCUGCAGUGCGUCGACCCAUCGCCGUCGGCCCGGCCCGAGGCACGGGAGGUGCUGCGGCAGCUUGAGCAGAUCCGGCCUGGACAGGAGGGACCCGGCGACGAAGCUCACGUGGCUUCUGCGAGCAAUGAGUAGGCAGAGCAGAUCAACCGGAGAAAACCAGGAGAAGAAAGAAAAUGAUGCAACUUUUAGCUUAGCUUAGCUUAGCCCAGAGAGAGACAUUUAAGAAAUUCUUUGAUUUAAUUUCAAAAGUAGUAGUACUACUGUUAUCCAUCAGCGUUUGAUUUGUAUAGCAGGCAAGUCUUAUUUGCAACUCGAAUACGAAGGAUGGCGAGAAAUGAGGAGUUGGUAAUGGCCCUCUUUGAUUUUUA